UGGGACAUUUCCAGCGGUCCGUGAAGGCAGCAUCAGGGACACGGUGUGCUGUUCCACAUCCACAGGAAUUGGUUCCGUAAUUUCCGUGCAGCUCAUCUGGCUGAGACGCUUCAUUCCGGCGGGGGGGUGUUGUGUUUCAGGAGGAUCGUCGCUGUUUCUGCUGCGGGGGGGUCUCCGCGCGUUCGAGCCUGCAGCAUCAGCAGUGCAGCUCCCUGGAGACUGAGGACGCGCCCGCUGCGUACACACUAGACCCCAAUCAAAUGGACAUUGCCAAUUAAAGCCAAACUCCGGAGCUUGAGGGCUGGUGUCCUGCUGGCUUUGCUCACAUCAUCUUGACCAGUCUGCUGCUGCUGACCUGGAUCAGGUCUGAUUUUCCAACAAGGCUGGUCACAUCUAAAGUCAAACAGAACAAUGGACUCUGCCUUCAUAAUAGGACACAAGAGGAGCCCUGGCUUGAUGUCUGCUUCCUCUGCCCACCACCUCCAUUCAGCUCAGACCUUCUGGGUGCCUAAAGUUGUGAGAGGCAGAGCUGCAGAUUUAGGACCUUCUGGUCUGAGGCCAGCUCCAACCACACUGGGAAUCUUGGGCUCCGGUGACUUUUCCAAGAGCCUGGCAUUUCGGCUGUUACGUUGUGGCUUUUGUGUGGUGGUGGGGAGCCGUCAUCCCAAACUAGCAGCUCAGUCGUUUCCUCACGUUGUGGAUGUUACACACUAUGAAGACGCUGUACAGAAGGUGAACAUCGUGUUCCUGGCGAUCCGCCGUGAGCACUACUCGGUGCUGUGGGAUCUCAAGCAUCUGAUGGCAGGUAAGAUCCUGGUGGAUGUGAGCAACAACAGGAGGGGGAACCAGUAUGCCGAAUCCAAUGCAGAGUAUCUGGCCUCACUUUUGCCCGACUCUGUUGUAGUGAAAGGUUUCAAUGUCAUCUCAGCAUGGGCCAUGCAGCAGAACUACCCCCAAGACGCAAGUACACAGGUCUUUGUUUGCAGUGAUUCUUUGGAGGCUCGACAACAGAUUAUGGAAUUAGCCCACCAACUCAACUUCCAGCCAGUGGACAUGGGCACUUUGUCCUCAUCCCGCUAUAUUGAGAAUAUUCCAAGGCGGUUAUUUCACGAUUGGAAAGGUCCUGUCCUCGCUGCCGUGGCCUUCUCUAUUUUCUUUUUUUCGUAUUCUUUUGCUCGUGAUAUAAUCCAUCCGUACUUUAAAUACAAGCAAAGUGACUUCUACAAGAUCCCAAUAGAGAUAGUGAAUCGGACCCUGCCCACCGUCGCUAUCACACUCCUGGCCCUGGUGUACCUGCCUGGCCAGCUGGCAGCGAUCCACCAGCUGUAUUAUGGUACCAAAUAUAAACUUUUCCCAAAGUGGCUGGAAGGCUGGCUGCAGAGUAGGAAGCAGCUUGGCCUCAUCAGCUUUUUCCUGGCUGCUGUCCAUGGACUCUACAGCCUCUGUCUGCCCUUCAGACGGUCUGAGAGGUACCUGCUGCUCAACACUGCUUACCAACAGGUCCAUGCACAUGUGGAAAAUUCUUGGAAUGAGGAGGAAGUGUGGAGAGUGGAGAUGUACAUUUCCUUUGGGAUUAUGAGUUUUGGGCUGUUGUCUAUUCUGGCCAUCACAUCCGUUCCUUCCAUCAACACUACGCUCAACUGGAGGGAAUUUAGCUUUAUACAGUCCACUCUGGGUUACAUCGCCCUCCUCAUCGCCACCUUCCACGGGUUGCUGUUUGGCUGGAAGCAAGCCUUUGAGAAGAAUGCCUAUCACUUCUACCUGCCUCCCAGCUUUAUGGUGGCCCUUGUUCUGCCAGUGUGUGUCAUCAUGGGAAAGGUCUUCAUGUUGAUGCCCUGUGUGGCCUGCAAGCUCAAGAAGAUUCACAUGGGAAUGGACAGAAGUCUGCAUGGGUGCCGGCGCCUGGAGCCUGUUGGAUCAGCCGCCAACGUGUCACCUGAGAGAGUCACCAUAAUGUGAUCAGAAAGGCUGAUCCAUGCUUAGAGUAACCUUUAGCCAUUUUUCCAGUCUGAAGCCAUACAUAUUUCACCAAAAAUGUUUGUGCUGUUUAUAUUCUCAGACAUUUGUGAGAAACAUACAUUCCAACCCCUUGAGUUAUAUCUUUAAUAAAGAGAAAUAAUUGAUAGUGAUUUUA